UUGAACUGAUUGUACAGUGUUAUAAUAAGUCUCCUGAUUUCGUCGGGUAACUUCUUUGUAAGCAACCGAUUUAUAUGAUAAUACAAACUGAAUCAUAGUCACUGCGUUCAUAUUUAUUACCGGAGCCUUGUGAACGGGAGUCAGAGGAGCAUAAGUCAUAAUAAGCCAUAAGAUAAUUAAAGAUGGGGCUACUUUCUGAAGGAUCCCCUCUGACUUGGGAGGAGACUAAAAAGUUGGCAGAUCAUGUACGGAAACAUGGCAUUCAACAGUUUAUCAACCAGUAUCACAAAGUCACUAAGAAGCUUCAGGAAUUGAGAGAGAAAAACCAUGGGAAGAAAAUGGAUUCCAUGGUGGAGCUGAAGUGGGGUGAUGAGGUGGAGUACAUUCUCGUCAAAUUCGAUGAUGAAAACAGACGCGUCGGCGUGAAUCUGAAAGCGACACAGCUCAUGGAAAAACUAAUGGAAAACGAGGAGGAAAAUAAGUUGACCAUCGGAUUGUGGCGGCCAGAAUAUGCCGAAUACAUGGUGGAGGGAACACCUGGAAAACCGUAUGAGAGCGACCUGGCCUAUUUUAAUGUUGUCGAGUCAAAUAUGAAAAGAAGACGUGAGGCGGUGCUUGCACUCUGUAACGAACCGGAUGAAAGUCUACUCAGUAUUGUUUCAUUUCCAAGACUUGGUUGCAAGAACUUCACAGUGCCAUCACAUGAACCAACACCUAAUGCAGGAUCAUCGCAAUCACUGUUUCUACCUCACGAGAUCAUCACCAAGGGUCACCCACGAUUUAGGACGUUAACGAGGAACAUUCGGCAGAGGCGAGGCGAGAGACCACCGAUUAACAUUCCGAUUUUUAAAGACACGAACACGCCUUCCCCAUUCAUUGAAGAUUUAUCUGUUUUCGGUGAUGACGGGUCUUCACAGAAAAAUGCCAAACCAGACCACAUCUAUUUGGACUGCAUGGGCUAUGGUAUGGGCAUGUGUUGUCUACAGAUGACCUUCCAAGCAUUCAACAUCAGUGAGGCAAGGUUACUGUACGACCAACUGGCACCCCUCUGCCCGAUACUGCUUGCUCUGAGUGCAGCUAGUCCAAUCUAUCGUGGUUAUCUCUCUGAUAUUGAAUGCCGAUGGAACAUUAUUGCUGCGUCUGUGGAUGACAGGACAGAGGAGGAGCGGGGUUUGAAGCCCUUGAAAAAUGACAAAUAUGUGAUUCCGAAAUCACGUUACGACUCAAUAGAUACCUACUUAUGUCCGUGUAGUGAUAAGUAUAAUGAUAUACAACUAGUCAAAGAUGAAGAGGUCGAGAGGACGCUAAUAAAAGGAGGUAUUGACAAGCACAUGGCACAACACAUUGCCCAUUUGUUUAUUCGUGAUCCAAUUAGUUUGUUUGGCGAAAAAAUCGAUCAAAACGACGAGGAAGAAAUGGACCAUUUCGAAAAUAUCCAGUCGACCAAUUGGCAGACGAUGAGGUUUAAGCCGCCACCGCCCAAUUCAAGUAUUGGAUGGCGAGUCGAGUUUCGGCCAACGGAGGUUCAACUGACUGACUUUGAGAAUGCAGCCUAUGCGGUAUUCAUUGUGUUAAUGACGCGAGCCAUCUUGUCGUUCCGCCUCAACUUCCUCAUCCCGAUAUCGAAGGUCGACGAAAAUAUGCAGACAGCACAAAAACGGGACGCAGUGCGAGCGGAGAAAUUCUACUUCAGGAAAGAUAUAACAACUUACUCAUCCCCCCGACAGGCCACGGACGUCUGCAUGUCCUGUAUAACGUGUCCCGAAGUGAGAGCAGCAAUUAACCAGGAUGAUUCCGAUGAAUACGUCCUGAUGUCGAUCAAUGAAAUCAUCAACGGAAAGGAGAACGUCUUCCCCGGCCUGGUGCCUGUGAUCAACGAGUACCUGUCUAAUAUGGAGGUAGACAUUGACACGCAAUGUACCAUACAGCAAUAUCUUAGUCUCAUACAGAAAAGAGCUUCAGGUGAGUUGAUGACCACGGCUCGCUGGAUGCGUGAAUUCGUAACAAGCCACCCGGAAUAUAAGAAGGAUUCAGUCGUCUCAAACGAAAUCGAAUAUGAUCUUCUAAAGAAAUGUGACGGAAUCAUGCGUGGUUUAGAACCGUGCCCAGAAUUACUGGGAAAGUUCUCGACGCGCACAAAACAGGACAUUCCGCCAGCAUUCGCGAAGAAGGAGCGCAUCCUCGAGGAGAAAAUUGGCGUCAAAAAUGGUGCAAAUAAAUAGUGUAAUAGGUUCUCAGGUUGUUCCUGUUGCCCACCCGGUUAAUUUUCACUACUCAGUCCCGUUUUUUUGUCAACAAAAUAUAUUCUCAGCUGUUGUAGUUUUCAGUUUGGGAGACACAAAUUAAACAAUCAGCAUUUUGACAACCCUGUGAUAAGUAAACAAUUACCAGUAGAAGUGUGAAAAUAUACCGGUAGUUGCUGAAACAUUGGACGAUAGUAUAGGAUCAUUCAAAGAGCCAGUCUCUAUCUUUACUACUUAGUUUAUAUAUCUGCCUGCUAGUAUUACAAGUUUGCAUGUUGGAUGGGAAGUUGCGACAUGAUUAUAUUUAGACCUUGAAUCAUCAUGUCCUGGGCCUGGCUGGCGUUAACACCAAGAUAAGAUAACGUCAGUACAAGUGCCGAAACUGGUUUUAAACAACUAGGUCAUGGCUGCUGAUGGUCUUGCAUGUGUUAAUCCAACAGCUUCCAUAACGUACCUAUAAGCUUUUAUUUGUAGGGUAAUUUUACUUAUUAAACAGGGCUGCCAGUCUGUCUGUAUUAUCAGUAUUUGACUGAUAUGUUGAAAUACCGUAGCAGUUUUUCUUCAAUAAUCCAUUGGGGAUACUAUAGGUGAUUUGUCAUAGACUUGCAUAAGACAAAAUGUUGGUCAAAACAACUGAAGAAAGAUAUGAAUAAAAGUUCCUGAUAGCCUCCUUGAGUGUUGGCAGCUCUGGUUUAGUCUUUGUUUUGUGCGAUAUGUCUUUCACACAUCAAUUUGAUCUCAGUUUUAUAUCAGAUAUAAGCAUGGAAGGGAGGUUCUCCUGGACUGAGGUGGCACCAUACAAACACAGAACCUUGUGGGCUGGUUGACCGACAUCAAAAUCGGUUUUGAUAGCUUGACAGCCACCAUUCUCUGACUGAUUAUUCAAAUCAUCGAUAGAAAAACACACCAGCGUAUCUGAGGUAGUUGGUACCAAAUCGUCGGUGUGAUUAUGUUGAGUACAAAUUUAAUGUGUACCAGGAGCCUGCCUCUGUGCAGUAUUAAUAAGCUGCAUGAAUUGCUGGUUGAUAUCCAUUUGAGUCUUGUAAUGGCCUUGAUAAUUUUCCUGUUGUUGCUUCAAUAUAACUAAUGCAUGUAUAAAUAAUUCCUGUAUAAUUAUCAUCGAAUGUAAAUUCUGUGACUCAUUUGACCAGUGUAGACUGCAUAUAGCCUUAAAAUGUGUAAUUAUAUGCAAUUUAUCUAUACUCAGAAUUUCUCUUAUCAUGAAGCAUGUAUCACCCUUGAUUCUUGGCACCAGGGUAAGUGAUGUGUUUCUCUCAUGUUGAUGGGGAGGUUCACUCCUCUUUUCAUCCAGAGAGAACCAGUUUCCCAACUUGAAGAGAAUCAAACAGGCACCCCCACAUUCUGGGCAGGCCUCCACUGGAGUAAUCUAAUGAGUGAAUUUUUCAGGGAAUAAGAUGUGUUUUGGGUAUGAUCAGAAGAAAUAAGACUGUUUUUCAUCAGGUAAUGAUUCAGUGGCCAUGAUUUGCAUAAUAUUUGGCUAGUUUUAACUCUGAUGUGCACAUUCUCGCAGGUUAAGCCAGCUCAGUAAGUUGUAAAGCCUGCCUGAAUACACAUGAUUAUCACCAAGUUGGGAAGCAACUUUUCGAGAAUACUACUUAGAAAUUACAUUUUUCAUAUGUUAAUUCUUGUGAUAAAAAUAACACUGUAAACGAGGUAAUGUUCGCGAAGCCAAAAGUCGGUGAAUUUGCCCAUUUGCAAUAAGUGGCCGACAACAGUUGAUGUUUGUUGCCAAGAUGUAUUGGUUAAUGCUUUAGAGUUGAUGUUUUAGCGAGUUUAAUGUUCGCAUAUGCCUAAGUGAGACGGUCACGAACAUUACCCGGUUUACAGCACGAAAGAAUAUUGUAAAUGUUUAAUAAUGAAAUAUUUAAUUUACACAUCAAAA